GCCCCUUCCUCCAGGCGCCGCCUCGCCCGCCUGCCCGCCGCCGGUGCCCGCGCCGCCUCGGCCGGCCAGCCUUGCCCGCGCGCUACGCGAGCCCGGGGAUCGGAGCGGCGCGCCAGGCCCCAGGUUCCCCUCAAAAGCUUUCUGGAAGAAGGACAAGGGGCUGAGGAGGCCAGCAGGAUGUCUGGCCUGCGCUGGCCUGAUGUGUCUCGAUUGUAGCUGGCCCCCUCCUGCAAGGAUUUGCACCGCCACUCUAGUGAUUGAUCUCUGGGAGCAGGUUUCCUCAGUUGCUCUGCCUCAGUUGAGAAGCGGAAGCUCUUAUUGUGGAAACCCCCAUUUUUUCUCCUCAGCAUGUCAGAAACCUGGUCGCAGCAGCCCCCACCCCCCCAGCAGCCCCCACAUCACAGUGCCACAGCUGCCCUCCCGGAGCACCCCAUCCCGUCCAGCGCGGUCACCGAAAAUCCCUUGGGCUGUGCUGUCUACGGCAUCCUCCUCCAGCCAGAGCCCAGCGGGCUGCAGCACCACACACCUGUCUCCACCGGCGGCGGGGAGCCAACUCCCAAAUGUGGGGCCUGCGGACACGACCUGUCACACCUCGCCAACCCCCAGGAGCACCAGUGCCUGCAGGGGGGCCACGACCGGUCCUUCCAGUGCACACAGUGCCUGAAGAUCUUCCACCAAGCCACGGACCUCCUGGAGCACCAGUGCCUGCAGGUGGAGCAGAAGCCCUUCGUCUGCGGCGUCUGCAAAAUGGGUUUCUCCCUGCUCACCUCGCUGGCGCAGCACCACAGCGUCCACAACGGCAGCGCGGCCGUCAAGUGCUCCAUCUGCGAGAAGACCUACAAGGCAGCGGCGGCGGCGGCAGUGGCGGCUCCUGAGGAGCCCGCCCCGCCACAGCAGCCGGCAGCCCUCAACCGGACUCCUGUGGAGAAGCCCUACGGCUGCUCCAUCUGCCAGAAGCCCUUCAAGCACCUCUCGGAGCUGUCGCGGCAUGAGCGGGUGCACACCGGGGAGAAGCCCUACAAGUGUAGCCUCUGCGACAAGAGCUUCAGCCAGUCCUCGCACCUGGUGCACCACAAGCGCACGCACAGUGCCGAGCGGCCCUACAAGUGCACUGUGUGCGAGAAGGCCUUCAAACACCGCUCCCACCUGGUGCGCCACAUGUACGCCCACUCAGGCGAGGCCCACCUCUUCCGCUGCAACGUUUGCGAGCUGCAUUUCAAGGAGUCCUCCGAGCUGCUGCAGCACCCCUGCACGCCCAGCAGCGAAAGGCCCUUCCGCUGUGCGGCUUGCCACAAGACCUUCCGGCGGCCCUCGGACCUCCGGCAGCACGAGCGCACCCACAGCACAGAGCGCCCCUUUCAGUGCGACCUCUGCCAGAUGAGCUUCAAGCAGCAGUAUGCACUCAUGCGACACCGCCGCACCCACAAGGCUGUGGGCCCCACCCCUUCUGUGGAGCAGGAGGCUGCGCCGCCGCCUUUCAAGUGCUCCUUAUGCGAGAAAGGCUUUGUGCAGCCAGCCCACUUGCUGUAUCACCAGCAUGUCCACGGCAUUGAGAACCUCUUCAAAUGCAAUGCCUGCCAGAAAGGCUUCAGCCAGUCUUCAGAACUGUUGCGCCACCGCUGCGUCCAGAGCGCUGAGCGGCCUUUCAAAUGCACCGCCUGCAGCAAGGCCUACAAGCGGGCCUCUGCCUUGCAGAAGCACCAGUUGGCCUCGCACUGUGCCGAGAAGCCCCUUCGCUGCACCCUGUGCGAGCGGCGCUUCUUCUCUUCCUCGGAAUUUGUGCAGCACCGCUGCGAUCCUGCCCGCGAACGGCCCCUGAAAUGUCCGGACUGCCAGAAGCGCUUCAAGUACGCCUCUGAUCUGCAGCGCCAUCGGCGCGUCCACACGGGGGAAAAGCCGUACAAGUGCCCCUCAUGUGAAAAGGCCUUCAAGCAGCGGGAGCACCUGAACAAGCACCAUGGGGUUCACACACGAGAGCAGCACUACAAGUGCAUGUGGUGUGGCGAGCGCUUCCUGGACCUGGGCCUGCUGCAGGAGCACAGCGCGCAGCACACCUCCACGGAGGGCACUUACACGGUGGCUCCCUGCCUGCCCUGAGCAGAUCCUCUGCCAAGCCCAGCCCCCCAUGCCGUUCUGGGGCUGGUCCCAGCUUGCCAGAAGAGCGCCCCCUGAUGUGCAGACCUGACACAGUAAAGUAAGCCACAGGAGCGAGGGAGCCGUGUAGUGCCAAGUCUGAGUUUGGCCCUGCCUUCUUUGCCACCAGUGGAAGGACCUGCUCUUUAAGCCUGCCAGCCACUGGCCGCCUCCUGCUAUGAUUCCAUAGUGUUUGUGGAGCAGAAGGCUGUCUCCAAAAUCCUGAUGGAGCAGGACUCUGGCUAAGAAAGGGCUGUGAAGAAGGGCUUGGAAGGUGUGCAUGCCAGGCUGAAAUGCCUCCUCUUGUUCAUUGCCAUGGUUUCUCCAUGCGAGAUGUUCCAGCAGGCAGGCCUUUUGUGAUGGUUUUGGCUUCAGUGGUCCAAAACCAUCAGGACUGAAUUUCUUCCACUCUAUCCAUUGGAAAAGGCAGCAGGAAGGGCAUGGAGGAAAACUCGAUUUAUCUAUUUAAACAUAAUAUAAAGCUAGAGCAGACCCCCAGUCCCCUCCCUCCCUCCCUCCUCACUGGUAUAAAUAGACAGGCUUCUCUGUGUAACUUCUGAGAAAUGUAAACAUUCAAGACAGGGUUCUUACUGACAUGCAACUAAAGAGCAUGGACAGAAAAAAUGAAUUAAAACUGCACUGCUGGA